GCGACGCGGCCGCUGCGAGCGCCGCUGAGCUCACUCUGCUGGGAGCGCGCAACUUCGGAGCAGGGAGCGGACGGCACUCGCAGCGGGGGAUCGCGGAAAGGGCGCACCGGCGCCGGGAUCCCCAGCGGCGUCCGAUUCCCGGAGCGCUCCGAACAGCCGGGCGGCUUCCCGGCGCAGCGUGGCUGCCGCUGCGCUCACGGAGGGCACGGGCUGGCGCUGCCGGGGGCCUGCGAGGACGGCGAGGCGGCGGCGAAGGCGGCGAGGCUGGGGCCCGGGAAAGAGCCCCGAGGGAGAGGCGCCCGGGCCGGGCAACAGGAGCAUGAGGGCCCGGAGCGGGACGCGGGGCCCGCUGCUACUGGCGCUGCUUUUCUGCUGGGACCCGACACUGAGCCUAGCAGGCCUUCUUGACUUAGGUGGCCAGGUGCUCCCUGACUCCUUACCGUCGGCCCCUGCAGAGCAGCUGCCUCACUUCCUGCAGGAGCCACAGGAUGCCUACAUUGUAAAGAACAAGCCUGUGGAACUACACUGCCGUGCCCUCCCCGCCACACAGAUCUACUUCAAGUGCAAUGGUGAAUGGGUCAGUCAGAACGACCACGUCACACAAGAGAGCCUGGAUGAGGCCACAGGCUUGCGGAUUCGAGAGGUGCAGAUCGAGGUGUCUCGGCAACAGGUGGAGGAACUCUUUGGGCUGGAGGACUACUGGUGCCAGUGUGUAGCCUGGAGCUCUUCAGGAACCACCAAGAGUCGCCGAGCCUACAUCCGCAUUGCUUACCUGCGCAAGAACUUCGAUCAGGAGCCUCUGGCAAAGGAGGUGCCAUUGGAUCAUGAGGUCCUUCUGCAGUGCCGCCCACCGGAGGGAGUGCCUGUGGCUGAGGUGGAGUGGCUCAAGAAUGAAGAUGUCAUUGACCCCACUCAGGACACCAACUUCCUUCUCACCAUUGACCACAACCUCAUCAUCCGCCAGGCUCGCCUAUCAGACACAGCCAACUACACCUGUGUGGCCAAGAAUAUUGUGGCUAAGCGCCGGAGCACCACUGCCACCGUCAUUGUCUACGUGAAUGGUGGCUGGUCCAGCUGGGCAGAGUGGUCACCCUGCUCUAAUCGAUGUGGCCGAGGCUGGCAGAAGCGUACACGGACCUGUACCAACCCGGCCCCACUCAAUGGAGGUGCCUUCUGUGAGGGACAAGCCUUCCAGAAGACAGCCUGCACCACAGUGUGCCCCGUGGAUGGAGCAUGGACUGAGUGGAGCAAGUGGUCAGCCUGCAGCACAGAGUGCGCGCACUGGCGCAGCCGUGAAUGCAUGGCGCCCCCACCCCAGAACGGAGGCCGUGACUGCAGCGGAACACUACUUGACUCCAAGAACUGCACCGAUGGGCUGUGCGUGCAGAAUAAGAGAACUCUAAACGACCCUAAAAACCACCUUCUGGAACCCUCAGGAGAUGUGGCACUGUAUGCAGGCCUCGUGGUGGCCAUCUUCGUGGUUGUGGUAGUUCUCAUGGCAGUGGGCGUGGUGGUGUACCGAAGAAACUGCCGGGACUUUGACACGGACAUCACCGACUCCUCUGCUGCCCUCACUGGUGGUUUCCACCCUGUCAACUUCAAGACUGCAAGGCCGAACAACCCACAGCUCCUGCACCCGGCCGCCCCUCCAGACCUGACAGCCAGUGCUGGCAUCUACCGUGGGCCCGUGUAUGCCUUGCAGGACUCUGCUGACAAGAUCCCUAUGACUAAUUCACCCCUGCUGGAUCCCCUGCCCAGCCUUAAGAUCAAGGUCUAUAACUCCAGUACAACCGGCUCUGCAUCUGGCCUGCCUGAUGGAACUGACCUGCUAGGUGUCCUACCGCCCAGCACAUACCCAGGCGAUUUCUCCCGGGACACCCACCUACUGCACCUACGCAGCGGAAGCCUUGGUUCCCAGCAGCUCCUGGGCGUACCGCGAGAUCCCAGCAGCAGCCUCAGUGGCACCUUUGGUUGCCUGGGUGGGAGGCUGAGCAUUCCUGGCACAGGGGUCAGCCUGUUGGUGCCAAAUGGAGCCAUUCCCCCCGGCAAGUUCUAUGAGAUGUAUCUACUUAUCAACAAAGCUGAAAGCACCCUCCCACUUUCGGAAGGGACCCAGACAGUAUUGAGCCCCUCGGUGACCUGUGGUCCCACGGGCCUCCUCCUGUGCCGCCCUGUCAUCCUCACUGUGCCCCACUGUGCUGAAGUCAUUGCCGGAGACUGGAUCUUCCAGCUCAAGACCCAGACCCAUCAGGGCCACUGGGAGGAGGUGGUGACCUUGGAUGAGGAGACGCUGAACACCCCCUGCUACUGCCAGCUGGAGGCUAAGUCCUGUCACAUCCUGUUGGACCAGCUAGGCACCUAUGUGUUCACGGGCGAGUCCUACUCCCGCUCUGCCAUCAAGAGGCUCCAGCUGGCCAUCUUUGCCCCAGCCCUCUGCACUUCCCUGGAGUAUAGCCUCAGGGUCUACUGUCUGGAGGACACACCUGUGGCAUUGAAGGAGGUGCUGGAGCUGGAGCGGACUCUGGGAGGCUACUUGGUAGAAGAGCCCAAGCCUUUGCUCUUUAAGGAUAGUUACCACAACCUGCGCCUCUCCCUCCACGACAUCCCCCAUGCCCACUGGAGGAGCAAGCUACUGGCCAAGUACCAGGAGAUUCCCUUCUACCACAUCUGGAAUGGCAGCCAGAAAGCCCUGCACUGCACUUUCACCCUGGAGAGGCACAGCCUGGCUUCCACUGAGUUCACCUGUAAGGUCUGCGUGCGGCAGGUGGAAGGGGAAGGCCAGAUCUUCCAGCUGCACACCACACUGGCCGAGACACCUGCUGGCUCCCUGGAUGCACUCUGCUCUGCUCCUGGCAAUGUUGUCACCACCCAGCUGGGACCCUAUGCCUUCAAGAUACCACUGUCCAUCCGCCAGAAGAUCUGCAACAGCCUUGAUGCCCCUAGCUCACGGGGCAACGAUUGGCGGCUGUUGGCACAGAAACUGUCGAUGGACCGGUACCUGAAUUACUUUGCCACCAAAACUAGUCCCACUGGUGUAAUCUUGGACCUCUGGGAAGCUCAGCAGCAAGAUGAUGGGGACCUCAACAGCCUGGCCAGUGCCUUGGAGGAGAUGGGCAAAAGUGAGAUGCUGGUUGCCAUGACUACUGACGGGGAUUGCUGAGUGCUUGUGACCAUGGGCCAGUGGAGACCAGUAUGAGUCAGUACAAGGUGGCUUAGCAGCCUCACCGUGUCCUCACCGUGGGGGGUGUCCAGCCUCUGCCAUCCCUGGCUCACAGCUGGAAUGGUCCCUCACCUCCUCUCCCUGCCACACCCUCAGACCACCACCAGCCUUAGAAAACCUCUUUGCUCUACUGCUGAGAGGCCGGGAUCCUCUGCCCCACCGUCUCCUGGCUCAUACUGGGAUGGACUGAGGCCUCUGGGGCAGCCUAAGGCCAGAGGCUUUCCCCUGUCACAACCCAGCACCCUCAGCCCUGUGACUUUGGUGGCCCACAGGUUUCAAUUCUGUGUUCGUAUCAUCCCUGGCUAGGGACCUCUCUCCUGUCCUGGGUCCUCUUUGAAAGGUUGAGUUGAGUUCAGACUAACUGCUGGCUCCAGUCAACAAGAGAGAGAAAGAAA